CUGACACCCGAGCGACCGGAUACUUCGCCACACGUGGAGAUUGGAUGCCACGCAGCGUGUUACCCGCAACUUUUAAGGGUUUUUCGAUUGAAUAAAACCCAUCUUGGAGUUAUUUUGUAGUCUUUGGAGCUUUAAAACAAAGUUUUCGUCGAGAUGUUUCUACAGUUUUACCUCAAUGACGACGGGGACCGAGUCUACACCCUGAAGAAGGUUCGUCCUGAUGGGCAGCCCACCAGCUCGGCCCACCCGGCCCGCUUCUCCCCAGACGACAAGUUCUCCCGGCACCGAGUGACGGUGAAGAAACGCUUCGGCCUUCUGCUCACCCAGCAGCCCAGACCUGUUCUGUGAGAGAGCGGCGAGGGAUUGAUGGAUGGAUGGAUGGAUGGAUGGAGAUGAGACAGAGAAAUGGAGGGAUGAAGGCAAAGAUGGGACUGUAGAUCAAGAAGCAAAAAACACAGUAAAACAUAUGGAAGUGCAGCCAGGACUUCUCCUCAGUUUCACCCCAAAGCUCCUGGCCCACAUGCGUUGGAUUUUAUUUUUUAUGUACCGUAAUUUGUUCACAUUCAUUUAAGGUUAACGUUAUCAUUUUGUUUUCAUGCUGAAUAAAUGUUUGGUGGAUGGUUCAA